CGUCAUCCGCGUACUACUCCAUCAUCAUUCAUAUCUCCGCCGGUAAGGUACCGGUUGAAUGAUGGCCCGAGAUCUUCGACGGCUCCAGCGCUUCUCCGGAAGUUUCCCGGUCGACAUUCAGUUGUAGGAUGGCGUUCGAUUGCUACUUAAGCUGGUGCGACCGCGCCGGACUUUUGGCACGAGUCGACAGCUGGCGGUUGAUGUCUUGAUCAUGCGCUACAGAAGGAUAUAUGCCAUCGCAAUAGCCAUUACAGGCGCAAUUGCUCUCCCGGAGAAACCGACCGACCCGUCCUUCGAUGCUGUCGUCGACAAAGGCACCUUCGAGAAUCCGUCCAAGGCCGUCCGCCCCAAGUUCCGAUACUGGAUACCAGAUGCGUCUGUAGAUACAAAUGUGGUCGCAGGGGACGUGAAGCAGGCUGCAGACGUGGGCUGUGGUGGCCUCGAGCUGCUCGGCUACUACUUGUAUGGCGGACCGCCCUCUAAUGGCGCCGGUCGUGGCACCUAUGCCCCGGUAGACUGGGCGGAAUAUGGGUUCGGCACACCAGCGUGGCACGAUGUGUUCUACGCCUUCGUGCAAGCGCACCGCGAUAACGAUUUGAUCAUGGACUUCGCCAUGGGUCCCAAUCAAGGCACAGGAGUCCCAGCGCCGAUCACCGAGGAAGGUCUGGCAUGGGAUCUCUCUGCAUACAACGUAACGGUACCUAUCGGUGCCACCUUUGACGCGGUGCUUCCCGGCUGGGGAUUGGGGAAGCUUCAAGCAGCUGUCUCGGGUACAAUUACCGGAUCGCAGAACAUCUCUUCUAGUGACCCUGCCGGGGGCCUGCCUGGAGAUGUUCCACUGGCCCACACCCAGUACACCCUGUCGGCUGCAAGUCUCACAGACGUCACGGACCAGGUUGACGCCUCCGGACAUCUGCAACUCGACUUCUCCAAGGCGAACAGUACGAGCACCACGGGCGAUGCGCAUAUAAUCUUCGCUAUCUACCUCUAUCAGUCACUUUACCGUGCCCAACAAGGCCCGCUAGAGAUGAAAGGCCCCCAGAGCAGACCGGAGUCAUACAUCAACAAUGGCUCAUGGGCGGUCGACCACUUCUCUUCUCUGGGAGCCCGCGUUGUGGCAAAAUUUUGGGAAGAGCAUAUUCUCAGUAACGGAACGAAGGAAAUGCUACAGCAGGUGGGCAACUAUGGGUGGGAAGACUGUGGAGAUCGAGGCCAACGUCACAAGUACUCCAUCAACAAGUGGCUUCCAGUUCUUUUCCAUCGGAAUGGCAAAUACAAGAACUCGAAUCCAAGCGUUUGGUAUGUCACCGACGAGCCAGACAGCGGAAACGCGCACAUCGCCGACUACAGAGCCACGCUUGCUACACAGUACCAGAUCUACGAGGAAACGCUGACAAAUUGGACGAAUGAAUAUCUCGGCCUACAAUUUUCCGCACAGCUUUCCUACAACCUUCCAAUGGAUAUGCUUGCGAACAUCCCUACCGUGGACGCUCCGGAAACCGAAUCGCUCGACUUUAGCGACCUAACCGACGGGUAUCGCCAGUAUGCGGGACCAGCGAAUCUAGCCCGGCGACGUAUUGUGUCGUCCGAAUGCGGAGCUGUACGUGGAGAGGCUUAUUCGGAAACCCUUCCAGAACUGCUUUGGAAAGUCAAACGCUCCUACGCCGGCUCCGUCAACCAGUUUGUAUUCCAUGGAUUUCCGUACUCAGGCGAGUAUGGCAACACCACAUGGCCCGGAUGGACGACCUUCACCUAUCAAUAUUCAGACAUGCAUGGACCGCAUCAGCCUGCCUGGGAGUUCUAUCGGGAUCAGUUCGACUACAUCGCUCGCAACAACUGGGUGUUUCAGAGCGGAAUUCCUCGAAUGGAUAUUGCUGUCUGGCAAAAGGUGACCGUCUAUCCUGGGCACGUCCAGAGCAGGACUUACGAACCGGCUGACCUAGAGGAUAUGGGCUACUCUUAUGAAUACCUGAGUCCCGAUAACUUCCAUCUCCCGGCAGCUGAAGUGGUGAACGGCAUUCUGGCUCCAAAUGCACAGGCCUUCAAAGCGCUUGUUCUGCGGAAGAAUGACUCGCUGACUAUUGAGGGCGUGUCCAAGCUUGUCGAAUUCGCAAACGCAGGACUUCCUAUAGUAAUCGCAGGAGGAAUUCCUUCCACAGUCCUAGGCACUGUUGCGCCAACGGUACUGCGACAGGCUAUGCGAGACCUUGAUACCAUAUCUCGACUGUCGAACGUCCACAUUACCGAUUCGUACCUCGUCGGAUCGACCAUCGCAUCUCUCGGCGUGCAGCCGUUGACCAAGGUCUCAACUAACGUUUCGUGGUACACUUACUGGCGAUCAGACCCGUCUACACACAUCGACUACGUGUUUGUGUACAACGACGCAAUGUACAAGCCGCAGGGCGAAGGCAGUUCCGUAGGGACCAUCGAGUUCCAGUCAACCAAGAUCCCGUACGAAUAUAACGCUUGGACAGGGGAGAAACGACCAAUUCUUUCCUACACCACUACCAAUACGUCUACAAUCAUUCCUUUCCGCCUUGCUGGGAACCAGUCCACUAUCGUGGCCUUUGAACCUGCCUCCGGAAACGGGACGGCUCCACCGAUCCAUCUCAUUGACGGUGCGAAAGACGUCCUCAGCUCGGGCUUGACCAACGGUAAUGUGGUGGUCAAAAUUGGAAGCGCGACGACCUUCGUCACCUCCUCAGGCAGCACGAAGAGCAUCCCUGCGCCGCCCAUCUCGCCACUCACCUUAUCGAACUGGACUCUCACUGUGGAACAUUGGAACCCACCUACGGACUUGUACAACUACACUGGUGGGGCGCUGAAACAUAACACCACUCACCAACUUCCAAGCCUCGUUCCAUGGCUUGAAAUUGAGGGCUUGCAGAACGUAUCAGGUAGGGGCUACUACUCCACAACAUUCACCUGGCCACGCUCGAACGGCGCCUCGAACGGAACCAUAGACGGGGCUUUCAUCGACUUUGGUUUCAUUUAUCACACUCUGCAGGCCUAUGUAAACGGGCAUCGUCUUCCACCGCUUGACGUUACGUGGGCAAGGGCCGACAUUAAAGAGUACCUCGUCGAAGGCGCCAAUACAGUGGAAGCCAUCGUCGCGACCCCGCUGGCCAACGUCUUGCGGCCGAUAUGGACGAAACUGAUGAGUAGCGGAGAGGGUCCUGGCAGCCCAGAUGCGGGGCCGAGCCAUGGCUUCGUACCACCGCCCCAGGGAGCGUACGGGCUAUUGACGAAUGUGAUUGUAAUCCCAUAUAGCGAGAUCGCGCUUUCUGAAUUGGAAUAG